UCCUGUUUUUCCUACUAGUUCUCAGUAAUUUAUAAAACAGCUGAGUCUUAGAAACAGAUGGAUUUUCUCUUUAAAUGCUACUACAUGUUAAGUAGUUGAAUUUAUUUCAGGGGCACUGACGUGUCAGUUUUUGUAAUAUUCAUGUUAGAACUACAGCUUUCAUAAGGUGUUUGUUAUUUUAUCACCUGAUUUUUAAUAUAGUUACAGUAUAAUAUAAUGUUUAAUGAAUGAAUAAUUCAUCUGUUCUAGAAGUGUUUUCGAUGCAUGCUGAUCUGUUGACAUUCUCCCCAUUUCUAUGUUCCUUGUAUUUUCUGGACUUUUCUCCACGUAACAAACGUAACACAUCCAUUCUAAUUCCCCCCUUUUUUCCCUGCUGCUAUGGUACGGUCCCAGCUUCUCUCUGUGGCGCAGUUUCUGAUGGAUGCUGCUGGAACAUCCCUCUGUGGGUGAGGGAGGGGGGACUGCACCGUCAUAAAUGUGUUGUUAGGGAGCAGGAUUACAGUGUAGAGACAGUGAUUCCAGUCUGACGAGAGAAGAAGAGGAGCAUCUUGAUCACUCAGCUGUCAGUCUACAAUAUUAGACAAGACGCCACAGCCACAGACUGUGACAGCCAUUCACACUGAGACAGACUGCAGGAGGAUAGACCAGCAUCAUGACGCAGGGAAAGCUGUUCCCCGCAAACAAAAGCACCAGUGACUUGUACUGUGAUCAGGCCUCAGUUGUACCAGCUCCUCCCAGCUAUGACGAAGCCACUGCAGACAACAGUACCCUGUGUUACAAUGACGUUGAGAUGCUCACAGAGAUCAACUGGGAUGAUCUCAACGUCAGGAGGGUUUUCAUUCGUAAGGUUUACAGUAUCUUGAUGAUCCAGCUUUUGGUCACUCUUGCCAUCGUGGCACUGUUUACCUUCAGUGACCCUGUGAAAGACUAUAUCCAAUCCAACCCUGGCUGGUAUUGGGCCUCUUACGCUGUGUUCUUUGUCACCUAUCUGACCCUGUCCUGCUGCUCAGCCCCGAGGAGACAGUUUCCAUGGAACCUGAUUCUGCUGGCCAUCUUUACCCUCUCCCUCUCCUACAUGACAGGAAUGUUGUCCAGUUAUUACAAUACCAAGUCAGUGGUGAUGUGUCUGGGCAUCACAGCAUCUGUUUGUUUUCUGGUCACACUCUUCAGCUUUCAAACUAAGAUGGACGUGACUUCGUACCAGGGGGUGCUUUUCAUCUUCUGCAUGGUCAUGUUGAUCUCUGGCCUGGUGCUGGCCCUCGUCCUCCCCUUUCAAUAUGUUCCGUGGUUGGAUGGCAUUUAUGCAGUCUUGGGAGCAAUAUUAUUCACGAUGUUUUUGGUGUUUGACACCCAACUGCUAAUGGGAAACAAGCACUACUCCAUGAGUCCAGAGGAGUACAUCUUCGCCACUCUCAAUAUCUAUCUUGACAUCAUCUACAUCUUUUCCUUUUUCCUACAAAUCUUUGGGAAACGGGAUUAAACCAUUGUCUAACAGACAAGACGUACCAUUAUAGUUUGUAUGAAACAAUGCUUCCAUUGUAAAAGCUUUAUUUUCUUAGUGAUGCUAAGGCGAAUGCCAAAUGAGUAACUGAUAUGUCAACAAAGAAACAUACAACCGCAACCUUAUCCCUACUGUCUAGACUCUACUGUGUGUGAGAGGCCUCAGUAUAAUCAGGCUGAUUACUAACUGUAGCCCUAAAAAACAAACAAAUGGGAAGUGCAUUCUCUAUCUGCAACCAUUUCCAGGAAAACUAUAGAUGUCAAUGCUACUGUAAAGGUACAGUAUUUGUUUUAGAAAAUGCAUGCAUGAGUUCAGUAUGCUAAAUAUAAUAAAUAAAUCAAUAGGCUGUGUCUUUGUAUGUUAAUUUAGGGACUGAAGGCACAUGAGCAAAAUAUUGCUAUAUAAUUAUAGAACAUUUCAUUUUUUUAAAAAACAGUUACAUGACUUUAAGUGAAUUUUGAUGAUGUAAGACAAUCUAAAUUUAUAUAUAUUUUUAUUAUUUUGGAUAUUGUUCCUACGUAUCUACAUUGGUUUAUUUGUGGUACACAAUGUGGUUAAAUGUAUUCCAUUUAACCCUGAAUAUGACUUAUUCUGCAAGUAUUAUUUAUGUACUUGAUGUGAUUUUUUUUGCAGUGUUUUAUUUUAACCAAUUAUCUUGUAAAUGACUAAACUACAGACCCCUGAAAAACUAUGACCAAGUGCCAUAUGUGAAUGGACUCACUGUAACUUAAGUCAAAUGCAUGUAUUUGUGCAAUAACUUGAAUGACAUGUUAAAUGAUAUUUUAAAUAUAUUUUUGACAGUUUGUGUAAAAGUAUUUUAGAAGGUUUUUGAAAAAUGAAUAGAUUUUAGAAGUGACCUUAGAUUACCUUUAUGAGAGAAAACACUCGUGCAGAAGGGAUGUGUUGCUUUAACCCCUCACCUAAUAUUAGUUGUCCCAAACCUGUGGCCUGAGGACAACUUCUGGCACACAACUCCCCGCGUCUGGCCCAUAAUAAUAAAAUUAUUUAAUUAUACCCCUUGGAUAUUUUUUUAUGUUGCCAAUUUAAGAAAAGUUCAUGUGGUCCUCCACUGUAAUGAUGGUGGCAGAGGUGGCCCCAGCUCAUUUGAGUUUGAGACCCCAGCUUUAUAUAGAAGUAACUGGGUUUGUUCUGAUUUUUCUUUUCUUUUUUUCAGAAUAUGUGUCUCUGCUCCUUGUCGUUAGUUAUUUGCAUCAAACCUCUCUUCUGGUAUCUGUGGUUCCGUGUAUGUGUUUGAAUGUAGUAGCUGUUUGAAUGUGUUUUAAAUAAAGAUAAAUCAUGCAUUAAAAA